AUGGCGUCCGAAAUCCCAAAGACCAUGUCCGGCGUCGUCAUCGAAAAGCCCGGCGGUGUCGACGUCCUCCAGUACAAGACCGACCUGCCCGUCCCGGAAAUCAAGGAGGGCGAAGUCCUGGUCAAGAACGAGUACAUUGGUGUUAACUAUAUUGAUACCUACUUCCGAACAGGCCUCUACCCCCCCUCCACUGGCUCCUACCCGCUGAUAACCGGCAAAGAAGCCGCCGGCACCGUCGUCGCUUCCAAGUCCCCCCGCUUUUCUCCGGGUGACCGCGUAGUUUAUCUCAGCGACGCCACCUACGCGCAGUACACCACCGUCUCCGCCGCGCGCGCCGUCGGCCCCUUGCCCGAAAGGAUUUCCUCGGAAACCGCCGCCGCCGCCCUCCUGCAAGGUCUCACGGCCUUGACGUUUGUGCGCGAAGCAGCGGGCAUCGAGCAGAAGCUGGGUAUCUCCGAGGGCCCGUGGACGCUGGUGCACGCCGCCGCCGGCGGCACGGGUUCACUGCUGGUGCAGAUCCUGAGCGUUAUGGGCGCCAAGGUGAUUGCUACUGCUGGUGGCAAGGAGAAAUGCGAGCUGGCGCGGUGCUCGGGCGCGCAGUGGACCGUGGAUAGCAAGAGCGAGAAUGUGGUGGAGAGGGUUAAGGAUAUUACGAAUGGGAAGGGUGUGGAUGUGAUUUUUGACGGCGUGGGUAAGGCGACGUUUGAUGCGGAUUUGGAGAUUAUCGCGAGGAAGGGGUUGAUUGUGAGCUUUGGCAAUGCGUCCGGGAAGGUGGAUCCGUUGGAUAUCUUGCGGUUGGGUGCCAAGAACGUAAAGGUGAUGAGGCCGGUUCUGUUCGGGUACAUUGUUACGCCGGAGGAGUGGGAGAGGUGGACGACGGAGCUGUUUGAGCUGAUCAAGUCUGAGAAGGUCAAGAUCAAGGUCCAUGAGGUUUAUCCCCUCGAGGAGGUCGCGCGUGCGCAUAGCGAUUUGGAGGGAAGAAAGACCACGGGCAAGCUGUUGUUGAAGGUCUGA